AAAUUUUCUUACCACCGGGGCUGUGUUUUUUGUUUACUGUAACGGUCCGACUUCUUACACCAAUGUAACUCACCGGAAUACUAGAGUGCUUGCUGAUAAAUUUUUGAUACGAAGAAUUUUAAACGUCAACAUCUACGAUCAAAAAAAUUGUAUGCUAUUAGGCAACCGUGUGCUUAAUUUAUCUCACGGAAUCUUGAAUCUCCAAUCCGGUCGCCCAAACAUCGACUUAUCUUUAAUUCUUUCCGAAUAAAAAGGCAAUAAUGAAGAAAGCUCGAGCUCCGGCUUACGCUUCAAGCCACGAGGAAAGCGAAAACGACAGCGACGAGACAGAAUGUAGCAUCGGAAGCAACUCUACCGCUGGAACUCACCGUAGUGAUACUCCUAAUGGGGCAAAGCCGCGUAAGAAGGGUCGUAGACGCAGCAAGACGACAAAAAAUAAGCCAGUUAAUGACAAGCCACUGUAUAAAUAUUGCUGUAGCAUAAAAGAGGACCAUGGCCAGCCGCUAUUUGGAGUCCAAUUCAACCACCACCUGAAGGAAGGUGAACCUCUGAUCUUCGCCUCGGUGGGUAGUAAUCGGGUGAGCAUCUACGAGUGUCCUGAAGGGGCAAACAUCAGACUGCUCCAGUGCUACUCAGAUCCAGACAGUGAGGAAAACUUUUACACCUGCGCGUGGACCUUUGACGAGCUGGGAAAACCUUUGCUGGCCGUCGCCGGCUCCAGAGGUGUCAUCAGGAUUAUCAGCCCAGUGACAAUGACCUGUGUCAAGCAUUACAUUGGACACGGACACGCGAUAAACGAGUUAAAAAUCCACCCACGAGAUUCCAACGUUUUGCUGUCUGCGUCCAAAGACCACGCUUUGAGGCUCUGGAAUAUAAAAACUGACGUGUGCAUUGCGAUCUUUGGUGGCGUUGAAGGUCAUCGGGACGAAGUCCUCAGCGCAGACUUUGACAUGAAAGGUCAAAGAAUUAUUUCCUGCGGGAUGGAUCACGCUCUGAAGCUAUGGUCUUUGGAUAAGCCGGACAUGAAAGAGGCAAUAAAGCAGUCUUACUUUUGCAACCCAGCGAGAAAUAGCCGUCCGUUUGAUUCUAUUCUUCAGCACUUUCCGGAUUUCACCACCCGAGACGUUCACAGGAACUACGUUGAUUGUGUCAAGUGGUACGGAGACUUUAUUCUCAGUAAGAGUUGCGAAAAUUGUAUCGUCUGCUGGAAGCCUGGUCGCUUGGAGGACUCUCAAUUGAGAAACAACGAGACCAGCGCGACGGUGAUGCAUCGGUUUGAAUUCAAAGAAUGUGAUAUCUGGUUCAUAAGGUUCUCAAUGGACUUUUGGCAACGAACGAUUGCCCUGGGUAACCAGGUAGGUAGAACUUAUGUCUGGGACCUGGAUGUUGAAGAGCCUGGCCAAGCUAGGUGCUUCACGUUGCAGCAUCCUCGGUGCACUGCACCAAUUAGACAGACCAGUUUAAGUCGUGAUGGAUCUGUUCUUUUGUGUGUCUGCGAUGAUGCUACUGUCUGGAGGUGGAACCGAGAUGAUUAGUUACUUUUAUUAUUAUUUAUCAUUAAAUUAAUGUAUAUUUAAUUUGAAGCGAGAGCUGCUAAGGCUGCGCCGAAUGCUGCGUCUCCGGAUUGUCCUAGUUCUAAGGGUAGUUUGUACCAAUUUGUAACUUCUUUUUGUAAGACUGGAUUACGCACUAGUCCAGAGCCGUUUCCUACUAUACGUUUUAUACCUUUUGCUUUCAACAAGUCCUGUGACAUCAUACUGAAAAUAAAUAUUCAUAUUUUUAUAUUU